AUGUCCCAUAAUCUCUUGCAGGCCUAUUCCCAAGAUGCAUACCUCAAAGGAAACGAAGCAUACAGCGGAAACGCCCUGCACAUCCCGGAGCCUCCUCCCAUAUGCUACCCGAGGAUAGAGCCUAAAGCCCCAGGGAUGGCCCAGGCCCUGGACCCAUCCCCCUCCACAGAGGCCUCCCGGAGCGGCAGGCCGGCCCAGGCAGGGACAGGGAGACAGGGCACCUCCACGCCAGGCCACACAGACAUGGGCUACCGGUUGGAGAUCCCUGUCCCCCCUUCUCCUCCACCCCCGCAGGUCCCUAAAACCCAGACGGUGGUUUGUGUGUGCAACGAGAGUGUGAGGACAUUGGUGGUGCCGCCUGACCCAGUAGCGGAUCGGGGACCCCGUUGUGUGGCUCGGGCUGACCCCAGCCACAGGACUGACGAGAACCGGUUCGGAAGUCCCCUGGGCCUCUCAACCAAACCUAGAAUCCUCGUGACCCCUGGCCCCCCUGGAGGGUCACAGCUACAAUAUACCCCCAUCCCCACCUGGCCCACAGAGUCCUCAGUCUUCUCCCCUUCUGGCUCUAGGCCUUCCCCAAUCUACCCUGACACACACCACCUCACCCCCUCCCCUCGAACCACGGCCGGCGACACCUUACCCUCCCCCACCACGCCCAACCACUACACCCCCUCACCCUCCUCCCCUGCCACUUCCACCUCCCCUCACCAGAACAUCGACUGGCGCAACUACACCACCUACAAGGACUACAUCGACGCCAAGCGGCUGCACACCUAUGGCUGCCGCACCAUCCAGGAGCGUCUGGACAGCCUGCGGGCGGCGGCCAACCCCAACGCCGCUUACGCACUGCAGCCUGGCCCUCCCAGUGCCAGCGCCAGCGCCUCCUCCCAACGAGGCCUGGGGGGGUCCCAGAUUAGACGCAGGAGCACGUCCCACGACCGGGGAUCCUACCAGGGGGCCACUGUGGCUCCACUGCGCAGUGCCUCCCAGGAGAGGCUAGGCGGGGGAGGGCCCGAGAGGACAGCCAUGCCCAGGGACUGGCCCCGAAGUGCCUCCCAGGAUGCCCUACCCUCCUCAGCCCUCAUGGGAGUGGCCAAGCCCCGGGCACGCUCCUGCGACUACCUGGGCCGGCAAGGCGACCCAGCGGCGGUGGUAUCUACAGAGAGGGGAGUGGGAGGGUACAGCAGGGCAGAGCUGGAGGACAGGCUGCUACUGUACAGGGGCGAGGAGGCCAGAUCCAGCAGACACGGGGCAGCGCUGAAACAACUACCCCAACAUCACAGUACCAGCCUUACAGGCAUGCCCAUCAUUGCCCCUAUGUUCACUAAAGGUACGACGGAGCCGUUGCUCCCCUCUAGGACAGACAGCCUUGCACAGACAGCCCUCAGUAGGCCCUCGCGGUUGCCUGUUAAAAACUCCACCUCGGACCCAUCGCCUCUCUCCUUACCUUCCACCCAGGGCCCCGGUAACAGUGCUAUGGACCUGCUCAAAGACCAAAGAGCCGUGAUGGUGGGUAACCACCUGGGCUACUCCUCCUCACCCCUGCAGCAACUACAGCUCCGGGGGCGGGCCGACAGCCUGAGGGAGGAGAACGGGAGGGAGGUGGGGCUGGGUGCCAGGUCCUCGUCCUGCUCCGGCCCCUCCAAAGUCCCCGUUCAGAGACAGCAGGCCAUCUCCUCCUCCUCUACCUCCACUUCCUCCUCCACUGUUAACGGUACUGUGACCCUCAGGUCAAAGGUCCCCACCCUGGUGCAGACUAACGGGAGACCGGUGGAGGGCGUAGAGGGGCCGGACGCCACAGUGGUGGUCCUGAGAAGGGAUAAAAACUCGGGACCCCAGCCUAUCCGCCACCCCUCCUACAUCCUGGCUGUAAACGACACCGACGUGGAGUCUCCAACGGAGGUGGGGACUCUAGCAGCCAAGAGGGGAUCGGGGUGCUGGCUAUCCAACGACGUCCAGCGAGAGGUGACCAUGAGAAGGCUGGGAGAGCAGCACAAGGCCUCGUGCACCAGCAACCUGGACGACUCGCUCGACUCCAUCCCCUUCAUCGGUAAGAAACACGUUUCUGUUCUCACUCUCUCAUCUCCUUUGUUACCAUAGCAACUCCUUACAGAGAUGGAAAAUCCUGGGAAGGGGUGUGUGUGUGUCAAGCAUAAACUUUAAUUAGGUAACACAUUUAUAACACACUGUAACCCUUAGUAUCAGGAGUUCCUGUUGCUCCAGUUUCGGCUUGCUUGAGGAGUGUGAGAGAGAAUGUGUUUUGUGUGGGCGUGUGUAGAUCGAUUCGCUUAAUGUGCCUGGUAGAGCAUGUAAUAUCUCUUGGGUGGGGAGGUAAUGUAAGGGUUUUGAUGUUAUCAGUUCCUGCUCUCAAGUCUUAGCAGGUGGAAAUUGGAAUGAUGUAAAAGUCCUGAUGCUCAGACUAGCUGCUGUCAGAAAUGUCCUCAACAUCACUCGAGCAGGUUAAUGUUUAUUGUCUUGAAUCUUGCCCUGGAGGCAGAACUGAGCGAUUUCCUCUAGAUAGGCCAGCUGCAAAGUCACAAUUGGCUAUAUAGUAAAAAUGUAUGAAAACAACAAUGAGCUUUUUGGUCAUACUUUAAGGUUAGGUUUAGGCAUUAGGGUUAGCAGUGUGGUUAAGGUUAGCAUUAAGUUUAAAAUCAUGUAUGACUUUGUGGCUGUGCCAGUUAGUGACUACUCUGCAGAACUGCCUCCAUGACAAUAAAUGCCAACCUGUAUCUCUCAAUGUCAACAUAGCUAAUAUGGUGAGUUGUCAGUUAUCGCUCUAGUGCAACUUCUUUACACUGUAGAAAUGGUUUCCUUGGUGCUAUACAGUCAAAUAAUCUGGAUAGAGUAUAUCACCAAUGUACAUAUUGAUAGAGGGAUUUGGGCUAUAACAGUUUUUUUGGCAGGGGUUAUUGGCUGUUUGAACAGAGCUAGAUUUGUUGUUGAGGUAUGUCGUAAUGCAGGGUCAGGGCAGGACAAGUCUCUGAAAUGGGGAAAUUGUAUAACAUUCCAUUUUAUUCUGAUAUUAUUACUGUUGAUACAUUGCCAUUUCAUUUAGCAGAUAUGUUGAAAGUGUCAGUCAGCUAGGUAUAUCCCCGUAUUAAGUUCUAUGCCUAAACAAAACAUCUAACAAGAGAAGAGAGUACAUUCAUUGUUGCCAGUAUGCUUAAAUGCACCAAUACCAACAAAUACCCUGUCUUCAUUUAGACAUUACACAGUUCAACAAUUACCAUUCAAUCCAACUGUCCAACAACUGUUGUGCAUUGUGUCUGGCAGACAGUCAUUUUGUACUGAGAACAAGACAGAACAUACGAUAUGGUUCAGUACAUGCAAAUGUCCCGUUCCUGCUUGUGUUUUCCUAGAGCAAAUAUGCUUGAAAUGCAUUGUAGGAGUAUCUUAAGCGUUCACAAUUAGCACUGCACUUUUCAGCUGUCAGAUCGGAAUGGAACUGUUUUUUGGUAGACUUAAUAUCAUGUAUUUAGUAUUUGAGGGUGUUGUUUUUUUUAAGCUAGUCUGAGGUGGAUUUGAUCUGCUCUGGGUUUGAAUAGUUUGAAUAGUUUCAUUGACGAGACCGAAGGAUCUUGAACUUGACCUGGCCCCACAUGACAUGAGCCAUCAUCCACCAAUCAGGGCACCUUUUACUCAGACAGACACCAGUAGCCUAGAGCCCACAUGGGUUAAUCAUAUCCUCUUACACUCACACCACACACACACACACACACACCUUUACAUGCUCUCUCUCACACGCACCUACUCACUCAAUCAAACACUCACAGUGGCUCAUAAGCUUCAGUCUGCCUCAUGCAUAAAUCAGCAGCCUACCUGUGUAGUGGUCGCAUGCUAUACUUAAGCAAUAAGACCCGAGGGGGUGUGGUAUAUGGCCAAUAUACCACGGCUAAGGGCUGUUCUUAUGCAUUACAUUUUACAUUUUAGUCAUUUAGCAGACACUCUUAUCCAGAGCGACUUACAGUUAGUGAGUGCAUACAUAAUUUUUUUAUUUCUCAUACUGGCCCCCCUGUGGGAAUCGAACCCACAACCCUGGCGUUGCAAACGCCAUGCUCUACCAACUGAGCUACAUCCCUCCCCUACCCUGGACGAUGCUGGGCCAAUUGUGCGCCGCCCCAUGGGUCUCCCGGUCGCGGCCAGCUACGACAGAGCCUGGAUUAUGCAUGACGCAACGCGGAGUGCCUGGAUACAGCCUUUAGCCGUUGUAUAUUGGCCAUAUACCACAAACCCCCGAGGUGCCUUAUUGCUAUUAUAAACUGGUUACCAACGUAAUUAGAAAGAAAAUGUUUUGUCAUACCCGUGGUAUACGGUCUGAUAUACCACGGCUUUCAGCCAAUCAGCCUUCAGGGCUCGAACCACCCAGUUUAUGAUGUAUACUAUUAGCUGAGCAACAAUGUUUGUACUAUCACUCACUGAUUCAAUCCCCAGCCAUAUUGCUCUGUUUUGGGUAGUCUUACAUUUUGGCAGCUGUUCCAUUUUAAACUUGAUGGCUUGAACUGACAACGCGAGGUGUUUCAAGUACAUGUGUCGAACAACACUGUUUGUUGCUGUUUUCACAAACACAUGAAAUAGGGAACAUCUGUCUCGAUUUGGCAGCCGUAUCAUGGAAACGAUCUGUGAGGUUAUGUUGGGGAAUUUCACUGUAACAAUCUCUGCAGCCGAAGAAACAGGUCAGAUGUUUCAUGUUAAUGUGCACUAUUAAAUGGGAAAUGUUUUGCUUAGGCACACAUAUGAAUGUAAGCUUUCGGAUUGCUCAGGUCUAUGUUUUAUUUUCCUUCUAAUAAAAUAUUUGGCUGACAUAUUGGCUGAUUGUACUCUGGUUUGGGUUGAACCAGUUCACAGAGAGAGUAAUACAAUGGUAUUAUAUGGAUGAUACAGAUACAUCUGUGAAACACUUUGUUUUUGACGGCAGGUAGCCUGGGCCAGUAACUGAAAGGGCUGGUUCGAAUCCCCGAACCAACUAAGUGAAAAAAUCUGUCUGUGCCCUUGAGCAAGGCUCUUAACCCUAAAUCUGCCGUAAGUCGCUCUGGAUAAGAGUGUCUGCUAAAGGACAAAAAUGUCAAUGUAAAAAUGCAUUAUAAUUAAAGGCUUUUGGUAGUGAUACAUUUCUGUGUGCCCUGUUAGUAUUCAUGGCACUCUCCUUAUUAUUGCCAGUCACUUCCAUCCUGUACCUUGUGUCACCUGCUGCCUGGGACAGAAUGGCAAAGGCAGGAUUACUCACAGUACUCGGUAACAUUAUGACUUGCCUGGGUGUAGCCUGCACCUUGGUUAUGUCUGCUUACCUGAUCAGACUGAGAACGGUGAUGAAACAUCAGCUCACUUUCCCUUCCUGUGUGUUUGUUGAUUGUGGCAGGUGUGGACUGGGUUAUCUCUAGUGGCCAUGCCGGCUCCAUGAAUAUGCCUGGCUGUCUCUGAAUAAGUGUCAUGUACUCUCAUAACCAGACUGUGUGUUUAGCUGUGUAUGCCUAUAUUUCGCCAUCAUGGCAUUUAUGGUUUAUUGCAGUCUGUAAAUUGGUCUCAAACGGAGAUAACAUAGACUGCUUCAGUAUGAGUUUCACUCAGUCCUGAGCGCUGAUGCGUGACUGUGUCUUUAUGCCACAGUAGACUUCAUUAGUGAUGUUAAGUAUGAGACAGCCUACUUUUACCGGGAUUUACAAUUAAUCAAUUUUUAUUCAAUGUUUUGUUUGGAGUAGAACAGGAAUCGUCUCUACUCUUGUUUCACUUUGGUUCUCCUCACUUCAUUUCCAGAUGAGCCAUCCAGUCCAAGUAUCGAUCAGGACACCAGUCACAUUCCCGCUUCAGCUGUAAUAUCUGUUACUCCAAUUGUCACCACCAUCCCACCCAGCCCCACCUCUCCAUCUCCUCUCAUUCGACGACAGCGGUCACAUGACCACGGUAAGGUUACCCCCUUUUUAGAAAAAACAAGCUGUGCAGGUACUGACAGCAACAAUAUGCAUGCUUUAAAAAUUGUGUAUUAGUAUUAGUUGAUGGCUGAAUUUGAAUACUUGAUCCACAAACAAGCUUGGGACACUUACAGCCUUGAGCUAGGAAAUUCCUAUUCAAAGUUUGUUCUUUGGCUUAUUUCUUGUUUGAUAAUCAUUUGGCUUUUAUUUUUAAAGAUUAUUUUCGGCUCACAACUAUUGAGUCGGAUUCUGGUACCAAAACGGAGCGGUCCAAAUCCUACGAUGAGGGUCUGGAUAACUACAGGGAAGGGUGAGUAUCAUUUGGCCUAAAAUGGUGGACCAGUGCAGUCUACGCCCCCUUUUUUCUUCACAUUUUAUUUGUUACAAAGUGGGAUUAAAAUUGAUUUAAUUGUCAUUUUUUGUCAACGAUCUACACAAAAUACUCUGUCAGCGCAAGAAGAAUUCUAACAUUUUGUAACGAUUUAAUGAAAAAUAAAACACUAAUAUACCUGUUAGAAACACGUUUGGCAGCGAAUACAGCAGUGAGUCUUCUUGGGUAAGUCUCAUAAGAGCUUUGCACACCUGUAUUGUGCAAUAUUUGUGCAUUAUUCUUUUCAAAAUUCUUCAAGCUCUGUCAAGGUGUUGGGGAUCAUGACUUGCCAUAGAAUUUCAAGCAGAUUUAAGUCAAAACUGUAACUUGGCCACUCAGGAACAUUCACUGUCUUCUUGGUAUGCAACUCCAGUGUAGAUGUGGCCUUGUGUUGUAGGUUAUUGUCGUGCUGAAAGAUGAAUUCCUCUCGCAGUGUCUGGUGUAAAACAGACUGAAGCAGGUUUUCCUCUAGGAUUUUGCCUGUGGCUAGCUCCAUCCCAUUUCUUUUCAUCCUGAAAACUCCCCAUUCUUUGCCGAUGUCAAGCAUACCCAUACCAUGAUGCAGCCACCACCAUGCUUGAAAAUAAGGAGGCAUGUGUUGUGUUGGAAUUGCAUCAAACAUAGGGCUUUGCAUUUAGGCCAAAAAGUGUAUUCCUUUGCCGAGUCACUACAAUGUUGAUGAUCCAUCUUCAGUUUUCUCCUAUCACAGCCUUUGAACACUGUAGCUGUUUUAAAAGUUUUAAAAUCACCAAUAGCCUCAUGGUAACAUCCCUAAGCAGUUUCCUGUCCUGCAGCUCAGUUCAGAAGGACAACUGCAUCUUUGAUGUGUCUGGGAGGUUUAUUACAUAAUCCACAGCAUAAUUAUUAACUUGACCAUGCUCAAAGAUCUAUUGUUUGUUAUUGUUACCCAUCUACCAAUCACUGCCCUUCUUUAUGAUGCUAAGCUACAGGACUGUUUUGCUAGCACAGACUGGAAUAUGUUCCGGGAUUGUUCCGAUGACAUUGAGGAGUAAACCACAUCAGUCACUGGCUUCAUCAAUAAGUGCAUCGAUGACGUCGUCCCCACAGUGACCGUACGUACAUACCCCAACCAGAAGCCAUGGAUUACAGCCAACAUCCGCACUGAGCUAAAGGGUAGAGCUGCCUCUUUCAAAGAGCUGGACUCUAACCCGGACGCUAAUAAGAAAUCCCGCUAUGCCCUCUGACGAACCAUCAAACAGGCAAAGCGUCUACAGGACUAAGAUUGAAUAGUACUACACCGGCUCCGACGCUCGUCGGAUGUGGCAGGUCUUGCAAACUAUUACAGACUACAAAGGGAAGCACAGCCGCGAGCUGCCCAGUGACACGAGCCUACCAGACGAGCUAAAUCACUUCUAUGCUCGCUUCGAGGCAAGCAACACUGAAGCAUGCAUGAGAGCAUCAGCUGUUCCGGACGACUGUGUGAUCACGCUCUCCGUAGCCUGGACAAAAGGAACACCUACGUGAGAAUGCUAUUCAUUGACUACAGCUCAGCGUUCAACAGCAUAGUGCCCUCAAAGCUCAUCACUAAGCUAAGCACCCUGGGACCAAACACCUCCCUCUGCAACUGGAUCCUGGCCUUCCUGAUGGGCCGCCCCCAGGUGGUAAGGGUAGGUAACAACACAUCCGCCCCACUGAUCCUCAACACGGGGGCCCCUCAGGGGUGUGUCCUCAGUCCCCUCCUGUACUCCCUGUUCACCCAUGACUGCAUGGCCAGACACGACUCCAACACCAUCAUUAAGUUUGCCGACGACACAACAGCCUGAUCACCGACAACGAUAAGACAGCCUAUAGGGAGGAGGUCAGAGACCUGGCCGUGUGGUGCCAGGAUAACAACCUCUCCCUCAACGUGAUCAAGACAAAGGAGAUGAUUGUGGACUACAGCAAAAAGAAGAGGACCGAGCACGCCCCCAUUCCCAUCGACAGGGAUGUAGUGGAGCAGGUUGAGAGCUUCAAGUUCCCUGGUGUCCACAUCACCAACAAACUAUCAUGGUCCAAACACACCAAGACAGUCGUGAAGAGGGCACGACAAAGCCUAUUCCCUCUCAGGAGACUGAAAAGAUUUGGAAUGGGUCCUCAGAUCCUCAAAAUAUUCUACAGCUGCACCAUCGAGAGCAUCCUGACUGGUUGCAUCACUGCCUGGUAUGGCAACUGCACUGCCUCCGACCGCAAGGCACUACAGAGGGUAGUGCGUACGGCCUAGUACAUCACUGGGCCGAAGCUUCCUGCCAUCCAGGACAUCUAUACCAGGCGGUGUCAGAGGAAGGCCCUAAAAAUUAUGUCUGCUACCGCACGGCAAGCGUGUUACCGGAGCGCCAAGUCUAGGUCCAAAAGGCUUCUUAACAGCUUCUACCCCCAAGCCACAAGACUCCUGAACAGCUUCUACCCCCCACCCCCCCCCACCCCCUCUUUUACGCUGCUGCUACUCUGUUUAUUAUCUAUGCAUAGUCAAUUUAACUCUACCUACAUGUACAUAUUACCUCAAUUACCUCGACUAACCUGUGCCCCCACACAUUGACUCUGUAUCGGUACCCCUUUUAUAUAGCCUCACUAAUGUGAUUUUACUGCUGCUCUUUAAUUAUUUGUUAUUUAUAUUUUUUACUUAUCUAUUUUUUACUUAACACUUAUUUUUCUUAAAAACUGCAUUGUUGGUUAAGGGUUUGUAAGUAAGCAUUUCACUGUAAGGUCUACACCUGUUGUAUUCGGCGCAUGUGACAAAUACAAUUUGAUUUGAUUUCAAAAAGCUCCCUGGUCUUUGUAGUUGAAUCUGUGCUUGAAGUAGUACUUGACUGAGGGACCUUACAUAUGUUGUAUAUAUGAGGGACAGAGGAAGGGGUAGUCAUUCAAAAACCAUGUCAACCCCUAUUAUUACACACAGUGUAUCCAUAUAAACUGAACAUAAAUAUAAACGCAACAUGUAAAGUGUUGGUCCCAUGUUUAAUGAGCUGAAAUAAAAGAUCCCAGAAAUGUUCCAUAUGCACAAAAAGCUUUUCUCUGAAAUUAUGGGCACAGAUUUGUUUAAACUUGUUUCACAAACAUGGCGUAAAUACAUAAACAACACAAUGCCACAGAUGUCUCAAGUUUUGAGGGAGCGUGCAAUUGGCAUGCUGACUGCAGGAAUUUCCACCAGAGCUGUUGCCAGAAAAUUGAAUGUUCAUUUCUCUACCAUAAGCCACCUCCAACUUCCAUUUUAGAGAAUUUGGCAGUACAUCCAACCGGCCUCACAACCACAGACCACGUGUAUGGCGUCGUGUGGGCGAGUGGUUUGCUUAUGUCAACGUUGUGAACAGAGUGCCCCAUGGUGGCGGUGGGGUUAUGGUAUGGGAAGGCAUAAGCUACGGACAACGAACCCAAUUGCAUUUUAUUGAUGGCAAUUUGAAUGUGCAGAGAAACCAUGACGAGAUCCUGAGGCCUUUGUCGUGCCAUUCAUACACCGCCUCAUCUCAUGUUUCAGCAUGAUAAUGCACGGCCCCAUGUUGCAAGGAUCUGUACACAAUUCCUCGAAGCUGAAAAUGUACCAGUUCUUCCAUUCCAUGGCCUGCAUACUCACCAGAUAUGUCACCCAUUGAGCAUGUUUGGGAUGCUCUGGAUUGAUGUGUACGACAGCGUGGUCCAGUUCCCGCCAAUAUCCAGCAACUUCUCACAGUCAUUGAAUAGGAGUUGGACAACAUUCCACAGGCCACAAUCAACAGCCUGAUCAACACUCUGGGAAGGAGAUGUGUCGCGCUGCAUGAAGCAAAUGGUGGUCACACCAGAUACUGAAUGGUUUUCUGAUCCAUGCCCCUACUUUUUUUUUUAAGGUAUCUGUGACCAACAUUCAUAUCUGUAUUUCCAGUCAUGUGAAAUCUAAAUGACUAAAAUGUCAAAUGUAAAUCCAUAGAUUAGGGCCUGAUGAAUUGAUUUCAAUUAACUGAUUUCCUUAUGAACUGUAACUCAAUUAAAUAUAUUUCAAUCCCACUUUGUAAUGCAACAAAAUGUGAAGGGGGUGUGUAAUUUCUAUAUGCACUGUACAUUUUAGUCAUUUUCAUUUAAGACUAACUUGUGAUUAAUCUUUCUAUUUUCGUAUUUCUAUGUUCCUUGUAGGAGAGACAUACCUGGUCUAAAGGGCCGUAGAAAGGUGAGUCCAACCUCAACACAGUAAUAUCAUUAUCAGGUUACAUUUGGAUAGUCCAGAUUUUCCAUCUGUAGAUGCUCUACAGAUGGUCAUACUAUCAACCAACUGUAUGUUGAUAAGCAACUACUUACUAAGGUUAGGGUUAGGUUAAGAAUAAGGGUAAGGGCUAGGGUAAGGGUUAAGAUAAGGGUUAGGGUUAGAGCUAGGGUUUGUAGAUAGUUUAAAUGUUACUGUCUGUAGAGCAUCUCCAGAUGGACUAUCCAAAUAAAGUGUUACCUAACAUCAGCCCACGUAACAACAAACUGUAAUAGUAUGAACAGUAUGAAAAUGUAUGCACUAACUGUAAGUCGCUCUGGAUAAGAGCGUCUGCUAAAUGACUAAAAUGUAAAUGUAAUAGGGAGUAUGGACGAACCCUCUGGUCACUUUCCACAGAAAUGUUGAUGUGCCUACUGGCUAUCAGACUCGACUGCAUCAUUAUAAUUUGUUUUACCUGCAUAUGCUGCCCAGAGGUUCACAGCAUAAAGAUAAGAGUCACUCCUCUGAACGGCUAGCAUUGAUGUUAGUCAAUAGUGGUUGUAAAAUGGAUAAUGAGUGAGACUAUAAAACCAAAUGAGCUCUAAAGACCCAGCUUUGCUAUUUCUGUCUGUCUGCUCACUGGAAUGGGCCAUAAUGUCAGAUACUGGGCCAUAUAAUAGAAGUCAGGCAAGGGUCAUCCAAUCAGCGAACUGUCCACUGGAGGGACUCCACAUGACCCGUCCUCAUUAUCCAGCCUGCUGAAUGGCCCCAGAGGCAGACUGAAUGGAAGUUAUGACCUGAUUAGCAGCUUACAAAGCCAAGUACACCAUUUUGCAGUAUUGUGUAUGUAUGAGACUGUAGUGAGGUAACUCAUGUGUUUGUUGUGUUAAAGGCGACGGUGGACAGGUCUUCAGAAGAUUCCGGAUCCAGGAGAGAUUCCUCAUCAGAUGUCUUCAGUGAUGCUACCAAGGAGGGCAUGCUCCACUUCCGACAGAUCAACACGGACAAGAGCAAGGUGUGUGUACAGUGUUACCCACACACAUCCACACGCCACACACAUAGGGGGUCAAGGCGGUCCAUUUUAUCACCUGUGACAUGGUUUAGAAAGAGUGGUGCAUAAUCCUCUUCCUCUUUUAGAUAUUUAGUAACAGUAAUGUGUCGGUUUUUGUGUGCAUUGCACUUGUCAGACCAGCUUGGCUUUGACCUAAAUGUGUUUGAGAUUCCUGACUCUGUCAUGUUUGCCUUGAGGAAAUGACUCCCCCUCUAGUGGGUUACACUGGACAUGAUGGCAGCUCAUACUUUCUUGGCAAACCAUUUUAGAUGAGAUGCAUCAAGGAUGUGGAGAUAUUUCAUGUGCAAUGCCAGUGUCAAAUUACAAGAGAGGACCAUGUCUUUAUUAGUGCCUGUCUACCUCACUGCCGUGUUAUGUGUCUGACAUACUUCUCAUAUUUCUCAUACUUGUCAUUAAGUAAUAUCAUUGUUUGUGCCUCUCCUCUCUCUCUGCAGCGUGUUGGAGGGGGAAUGCGCCCCUGGAAACAGAUGUACGCAGUGCUGCGAGGCCACUUCCUCUGCCUAUAUAAGGACAAAAAGGAGGGACAGGCUCAUGCCAACUCCCAGGUGGAGGAUGAGCCCCAGCCAAUCAGCAUCAAGGCCUGUCUGAUUGACAUCUCCUACAGCGACACGAAACGCAAGAAUGUCCUGCGGCUGACCACGUCGGACUGUGAGUACCUGUUCCAGGCAGAGGACAGAGAAGACAUGCUGGCCUGGAUCAGAGUCAUACAGGACAACAGCAACCUGGACGAGGAGGUGAGGGGGACACACACACACACACACACACCAUACAGGAGAUGAAAUCCUAUCAAGUUCUCCAGGAUUUACAGAAAUGUGUGGCAAAGUGAAAUCAAACCCUUUCUGUGAUGGUAGAAAACACAAGAUCAACCUCAUGGAAAGCCAAUACUUCAUUAAUUACACAAAUGUAGAUAAAGUAUACUUUGUCACUAACCCUCCCUUGAUAAGGAUCAGCUAACAGUGAUUGGCUGCGGGUCAUAGGUCACAUAAUACACACACAAAUGACCCGUCCCUGGUCUACUGUACCUUAAAAUAGGCUAACGUUACCACAGGUUCUCCCCUCUAUUAGAAACCGAAGCUCUUCUUUCCCCUCCAUUAGGACCUUAACCACUAUGGUACUAUGGUAUAUUUAUUUGGCUUUACCUAUGCCAUCUGAUAGCAGUGGGUUAUGUAGAACCUCUAGUUUAUGGGGUCUUCUAGGGGGAGGGGAGUCAUAUUGCAUCUGAUGAGUUAACAUUGUCUGCUAUCCUUUUCUUCCCUUUCCCCCUUCCGCCUUUUUUCUUGUUUUAGAACGCAGCCUUUACCAGUCGGGACCUCAUCAGCCGAAAGAUCAAGGAGUACAACACCUUGAUGAGGUAAGCAGGGCGGGGCCACAGAGAAAGAAAGUCUCUGCAGUACAGAGGGAGAUUGAGACCUGUGUGGAUGGCUCCUAUUGGACGUACGACAUCAAAACGUAUUGUGUGUGUGACCCAGCCCGACAGGCAGUAAGACUGAACCGUCACCCAAACCGUCACGCCAGUCGCUGAGCAUCAGACAGACGUUACUGGGAGGGAAGGGGGAGACCAAAUCUCUAAGUCCACACUUACCCAAAGCAGAGCAGGAGAGGAAAAACAUGCACAAAGGUGAGAGCCAGGGGAUAAAACAUUUCACUUAGCUCUCAACAAUUCAUUUACUUGAGUAUUGUGAAUGUCUGAUUGAUCUUUGAGCAAGGCUUUGAAUAUUCCAUUGCUUUUUGCUCCAUAUAUACAGUAUGUGUGUGUUGAUUCUCGUGUGAGACUAUCCUCAUGUUUCGUGUGUUAACCCUUCAGAUGACACCAGUCCACCCAAAGACAAGGGGAUGUGGAGGAAAGGUAUCCCAGGGCUGAUGAGGAAGCCCUUUGAGAGGAAGCCUUCUCCAGGCAUCACUUUCGGGGUGAGGCUGGACGACUGCCCCCCAGCUGUCACCAACAGGGUAAGAUUAAACUCACACCUACAGUACAGUCGUGGUCAAAAGUUUUGAGAAUGACACAAAUACUAAUUUUCACAAAGUCUGCUGCCUCAGUUUUGAUGAUGGCAAUUUGCAUACACUCCAGAAUGUCAUGAAGAGUGAUCAGAUGAAUUGCAAUUAAUUGCAAAGUCCCUCUUUGCCAUGAAAAUGAACUUAAUCCCCAAAAAACAUUUCCACUGCAUUUCAGCCCUGCCACAAAAGGACCAGCUGCCAUCAUGUCAGUGAUUCUUUCGUUAAUACAGGUGAGAGUGUUGACGAGGACAAGGCUGGAGAUCACUCUGUCAUGCUGAUUGAGUCAGAAUAACAGACUGGAAGCUUUAAAAGGAGGGUGGUGCUUGAAAUCAUUGUUCUUCCUCUGUUAACCAUGGUUACCUGCAAGGAAACACGUGCCGUCAUCAUUGCUUUGCACAAAAAGGGCUUCACAGGCAAGGAUAUUGCUGCUAGUAAGAUUGCACCUAAAUCAACCAUUUUUCGGAUCAUCAAGAACUUCAAGGAGAGAGGUUAAAUUGUUGUGAAGAAGGCGUCAGGGCGCCCAAGAAAGUCUAGCAAGCACCAGGACCGUCUCCUAACGUUGAUUCAGCUGCGGGAUCGGGGAACCACCAGUGCAGCGCUUGCUCAGGAAUGGCAGCAGGCAGGUGUGAGUGCAUCUGCACGCACAGUGAGGCGAAGACUUUUGGAGGAUGGCCUGGUGUCAAGAAGGGCAGCAAAGAAGCCACUUCUCUCCAGGAAAAACAUCAGGGACAGACUGAUAUUCUGCAAAAGGUACAGGGAUUGGACUGCUGAGGACUGGGGUAAAGUCAUUUUCUCUGAUGAAUCCCCUUUCUGGUUGUUUGGGGCAUCUGGAAAACACCUUGUCCGGAGAAGACAAGGUAAGCGCUACCAUCAGUCCUGUGUCAUGCCAACAGUAAAGCAUCCUGAGACCAUUCAUGUGUGGGGUUGCUUCUCAGCGAAGGGAGUGGGCUCACUCACAAUUCUGCCUAAGAACACAGCCAUGAAUAAAGAAUGGUAUCAACACAUCCUACGAGAGAAACUUCUCCCAACCAUCCAAGAACAGUUUGGUGACGACCAAUGCCUUUUCCAGCAUGAUGGAGCACCUUGCCAUAAGGCAAAAGUGAUAACUAAGUGGCUCGGGGAACAAAAUAUCGAAAUGUUGGGUCCAUGGCCAGGAAACUCCCCAGACCUAAAUCCCAUUGAGAACUGUGGUCGAUCCUCAAGAGGCGGGUGGACAAACAAUAACCCACAAAUUCUGACAGACUCCAAGCAUUGAUUAUGCAAGAAUGGGCUGCCAUCAGUCAGGAUGUGGCCCAGAAGUUAAUUGACAGCAUGCCAGGGUGGAUUGCAGAGGUCUUGAAAAAGAAGGGUCAACACUGCAAAUAUUGACUCUUUGCAUAAACUUUAUGUAAUUGUCAAUAAAAGCCUUUGACACUUAUGGAAUGCUUGUAAUUAUACUUCAGUAUACCAUAGUAACAUCUGACAAAAAUAUCUCAUAACACCAAUACUUGUCAUUCUCAAAACUUUUGACCACGACUGUACAUACUCUCUCCAUCUCCUCAUUCAUGUUUAUUGGAAUGGUUUAUCAGAAAGUGCCUUCUCAACACAUUGUCACACACCUUUCUGAGGGUGCUGCCAAGGUGCAAUGGCAAUUGAUGAGUCCACAUUGUGUGUGGUGUUGUAGUUUGUUCCCCUCAUCGUGGAGGUGUGCUGUAACCUGGUGGAGGAGAGAGGGCUGGAGUACACAGGGAUCUACAGAGUCCCAGGGAACAACGCAGCCAUCUCCAACAUGCAGGAGGAGCUCAACAACAAAGGCAUGAACGACAUCGACAUCCAGGAUGACGUGAGUGACUCAACACAACACAUUAUGCCACUUUCUCUCCCUCUCUCCAAUUGUCUUUGGCUCAUCCUCUUUCUUUAUGUUGGUUCUAUCCUUUUUUUCACUCCUCUCUUCACUCACCUUUUCCAUGGUCUUUUCUUUCCUCUAGUCUAAAAUCACUUUUUUACCUGCCUUUGACAGAAAUGGAGGGAUCUGAAUGUGAUCAGCAGUUUACUUAAAUCCUUCUUCCGUAAACUUCCAGAGCCUCUGUUCACUAAUGGUAAGAAUAUUCAAGGAUUCCCACCAAUAGCCUAUACAUUAAGGCAAUGUUUCCCAAACUCGGUCCUGGGGACCCCAAGGGGUGCACGUUUUGUUUUUUGCCCUAGCAUUACACAGCUGAGUCAAAUAAUGAACUCAUCAUCAAACUUUGAUUAUUUUAAUCAGCUGUGUAGUGCUAGGGCAAAAAUCUAAACGUGCACCCCUUGGGGUCCCCAUGACCGAGUUUGGGAAAAUGCUGGAUUAAGGGGUCACUAUGCCACCUAGUGGUUGAGUGUGAAACCAACACUUAAUUACAUAUUAUGUUUAGUGUUCACUUUCAUAACACCAAGACCCUUUGUCUUCUUCUGUAAAACCAAUGUCAGUUUCCUUUGUGCCCUGUAGAGAAGUAUGCAGACUUCAUAGAGGCCAACAGGACAGUGGAUCCAGUGGAAAGACUGAAAUUGUUGAAGAGGAUGGUGGGUUCAUGUGACAUUCAUUGUGAACUUAACUGACAUUAUUGCAUGGUACCUUAUACUUAUCCUACUUCUCACUGCAGCUUCACGAGUUGCCAGAUCAUCACUAUGAGACCCUCAAGUUCCUCUCGGCUCAUCUGAAAACAGUGGCUGACAACUCUGAUAAAAAUAAGGUCUUGUAAUUUCCAUCUUGAAUAGUGGCUGGCAGCCCUCACUUUCAACUUAGAGAACCUGUGAUUGUAGUGAGGGUAUGUAUGUGUAAAGCAUGUGUAUGUUCCUAACAAUCCUAUGUGUUAGAUGGAACCUAGGAACCUGGCCAUUGUGUUUGGUCCCACUCUGGUGCGCACUUCAGAGGACAACAUGACCCACAUGGUCACCCACAUGCCCGACCAGUAUAAGAUCGUAGAGACUCUCAUUCAGCAUGUGAGUCCCACUUACCAUCUUAAUUGCAGACUGUUUGUGCAUAAUCUGCAAAUCAAACCAUUUCUACUUGAACUAAUUUGAGAAAUGUAUCAAAAAAGUGAUGUGAAUCCCCUAAAGAUAAAGCUCCCUUUCCUUUGCUCCCUUCUAGUACGACUGGUUUUUCACAGAGGAAGGCAAUGGGGAGCCAGUGGUGGGUACAAGCACGUUGCUGCCCUAUUUGCUAUUUUUUGAGAAACUUGUAGAGUGUUCAUCCUGUUGCCUGACUGUGUUCCUUUCAGACAAUGGCCCGAUAUGAGAACGCGGUGGAGUCUCAGCCUGUGCCCAACAUCGACCACCUGCUCAAUAACAUCGGCCGCACGGCCUCCACACAGGGGGAAGUCUCAGGUAACGUGUUCCCUGGACCAGACCGACUCUGUGGUGGUGGGUCAACCUUUUACUACUUUUCCCUGCUAACCACUGUGUCUAUCGCUGGUGAGACCAAUGUCUUUUAGUCUAGGAGCGUGUGAGGUUCAGUGUAAUUAAGUCUGGAGAGUGUUGAUGGAUAGUGCUGCUUUCUUCCUAAGAGAUCCUUCUUUGCUUCAUUUGCUGUACCAUAAGAUAGAAAUGUCCAUGCCUAGUCAUGACUCCAGAAGCCUGUGUGGGUUUGCGAGGGCAAAUUAUUCUUGCCUCUUCUCCAUGACACAAAGGAGAAAGGACAAAAUAAUUUGUCUGAUCUAUACAUUUUCCUUUCUUUUAGAUUUUCCUUCCUUGGUUUCCAAUUUUCAGCUAAAUUUCUUUGCCUCAAAAUGAUGAGGUUCUUUAACUUUUUUUUGACCAUCCCUCCAUCUUUAGUGUCUUUAUUCAAACUCCACUGGGCUGUCGGUUUUUCCUCUCCUCCUGUUAUUAAUCCUGCCUACUGUUGCACUAACACGGCAUGUUCUCUCCCAAAGACAACACGAGAAAAAAAAGCAACAGGUGAACUCUGAUCCCUCUGUCUCUAGUGCCACUCUGUCGGGUGUCCUAAAGGAUUUCCCAGCAUUCACACAUACUGAUCUUGACACAGGCCAAGUGGGAGGUGUCUAUCACACCAUGAUGUCACUGAUGGCCUCUAUAAUAUCCGUGAUGGACAGCUGGAACUGUAGGAAGAAGGAGGAUUGUUGCCCCCAGUGUAGCUGUCUAGUCUGCAGAAACCCUCGUUUCUUGUAAGCUCGAGAAAACCGUCAUAAGAGAAACGUGAUGAAACCGUUUGACAAAGAAAAUGUGAAAGGGAAGCAGAGCAGCGGCCACAUGGUACUGGACAUCCGGUGGUGUCCGUUUUGUAUCUGAGUAUACCUAACACAGACAGGUGCUACUGUCUGAAAGGCUCUCCACUGUCUCUCCUCACUGUCUCGCAAGCUUCUCGCAACAGGAGAGAUAGCAUGGUAUGGUCCCCAGGUUUCUACCUCACCAGUCAAUGUGCACUCGCAUACUGUGCCACCAUCUGUCUUCAAGGGGUGUGUAGGGGGGCUUGGCUAUGUAAAAAAGUAUAGUCAGUCAAAGAUCAAUACAAGAUCAACUAGGCAGCAGUGGAUAAAUAUUUUCCUUGCUGGCAUUCUUUCUCAUGUAGUGUCCUCUCUGUUCAUAGCUAGCCCCUCUGUGACCCCCCUCUCAUGUCUUAGCCUCAUGGUUCAUUUCAUGGUCGUCGUCACUGUUGUCAUGGCAAUAUAUUCCCCCGUACUUUUCAUUCAGUCCAUCCCCUCCUCGGCUCAACUAGACUGAAUAUACUCUCUCUUUUUGUUAGCCUCUAACUGAAGCCAUAAGACUUCACACAUUUAUAGACUACUCUUUCUUAGAACCAUAAUCCUAUGUGUUCGUUGAGUCAAUAGUUAAGGUAAUACUAGAGUAAUUACAUGUUAACAAAGUCUCCUCAAUGAAGUAACAUUCAUCACUAGUCAGAUGUGCUAGGUUUGUAAUUUGACUAUCAUUUCAGGCAAAAACAAGAGAUUGUGCUAGAGCUCUUUUGAUCAGUAAUUGGAGGCUUUGGUUUGCUGUAUAGCAUAGACCACACAGAGGGAAUCCAUUGACUUCCUGCAUGGCAUAUUUUCAUUGUUGUCUCAUUGGCCUGCUGUUGUGAAAUGCACCUUGGAUAUAUUUCCCAUUACCACAGUUUCACUCAGUAUCCUGAUAUAUUUGGGUAUUAUUGUUUUAGACAAGUUGGAAGGACUUACCUGGCCCUAGCAUCUUCUGUGCUCAGUCCUACUUAUCUUUUAUCCAGAAUGACUUUCAGUUUUGCAUGUACUGAGGUUUCUAUGUUUCCAUGAAAGAACACCCCACCCGGGUGGAUGUGGAUCUGAGUGUAACAUAGUGCUCACUGCAUGGCUUGCCUCCUCUUCGUGUUUCUGUCAUCCUUCUGUCCACUUAUAUGCCAGGCUCUUUACAUCAAGCACAGUGUCUCAUCUGUGGGUACUAUCCUCGUCAUGGUUCUCUCUGUUACUGGCUUUUUCAUAUUGCACUAUUGUGGAUGUUGUCUGGUUGUCCCACAUGUUGUUUUGAAUAAUUGGUGGAUAAUCUAACAUGUUCCUCUCUCCUCUCCCUUUUUCUUACAGAUUCACCCACUAGUGACUCUGCUAAAUCGAAGGUGAGUGUGUGCCCAGUGUCUGCUCUCUCCAGCUGAAUGUAGUGUGGGGAGGAAAAAAUUGGUAGGUGAGCAGAACAAAGGUCAGGUCACAAGGCAAGAUCAAAGCACUGAUUCCCCCAUGUGUGACAGUAGGCCAGGUGGAGUUUAGUCUGUGAAUACUGAACACUAACAAAACAAACAAGCAACAGUAUAAACACAGCCUUUCAUGUCAAACAUUAAACUGUGUUGGGUCCAAACUUCACAAGUCUGUCCAAUCUUUACUGGGACAUUUUACUUCAACAAAAGAACACUCACACCAUAGACAGUGCAGGAACUGGUGCUUACCAUUACUGCACUGCUGUCAUCUGGCUGCCUCUCUCAGCUUUGGCUCAGAACACAUGAAUUCAUGCAGAACAUCAAGCUUCCUGUGCUGGGCUGCUUAAGUGUGCUGCUGUUGCUGCUUCUGCUGUUGCUGCAAGGCUGGCAUGGUUCAGUUGUAGUUGUCGUCCUGUCACUAAUGUUCCUACUCUCUGUCCACCCUUUUGGUUUGUGGCAUUUUCAGAGGAACAGGUGGAGUACUGGUUGGCCAAGAACUCAGGCAGCGGUUAGAGGGUUUUUCUGUGCGUUGUUCUCCCAAGGGGGGUUUCUGUGGUACAGGUUCUGACUUGUUUCUCUCCCUCUCUAUAGGGUUCCUGGGGGUCCGGGAAGGACCAGUGCAGCCGCGAGCACCUGGUCUCCUCGAUCUUUGCUGCAGCCAACCGCAAAAGAAAGAAGCCCAAGGACAAGCCGCAGCUUAGCAGCUCUGAUGAUGACCUAGACUCAGUGUUCCCUAAGAAGGAGCUCCCUGGCCAGAAGCAGAAUCACAGCCUCGAGGUGGAGCAAGGGAUCAGUGUCAGCCCUGAAGCAAAAGAGCAAGCAAGAACAGGAGAGAAGAAGGAGAAUGGGAGAGGUAUCGAGCUCACACCCCAAAACAAAAAGGAGCACAGGAACUCUUUCUUUAUAAGGGAGAAGCCCUCGUCAAGGCAGCCCUCACCUGCCCCCUCACCCAAAAACUCAGUCUCCCCCAGACUCAGUUACCGCACAGCCCCGCUUGGAAAGCCCUCCUUAUCGGACCCCCUGUCCCAGCUGGAUGAGCCUACUUCUGAUCUGGGCACCAUGAGCUCUGGGGCUUCCAUGCCCAGGGCACGACCUAAGAAGUGGGUGUCAGGAGCUGCUGCUCCUGAUCUAUCAGCGGCUGGACCUGGGGCAUCAGCUGGGGCAGAGGUGAGUUCCAUCACCUCUGACUAUUCCACCACCUCGUCCAUCACCUUCCUGACUGCAGCAGACUCUAGCGCACUCAGUCCAGAGGUUCUUGGUGGGGACGAGGCAGAUGACGAGCGCAGCGAGCUUAUCAGUGAAGGCCGGCCCAUGGAGACUGACAGCGAGAGCGACUUCCCUGUGUUCGCCACAGGGGGUGGAAAUGUCCAAACCAUGCCUGCCUUAGUGCAGAACCAGACUGGGCAUGGACCAGAAAAGCCUGAUCCUGCAGCAGCUGAUGGGAGCACGACUCCCAAACUGGAACCCCGUCGCCUCUUUCCGUCCCACAGACUGAUUGAGUGUGACACACUCUCCAGGAGGCGGUCCCUGCGACAGAAGACGGAUAGCGAGUCAUCAAUAGAGGGUGGGACUGGCAGCGGGGAACGCGUCGAGGGUAGGUCGGAGUCAACACGACUGUCUCGUGUCUUAGAGGUGAUGAAGAAGGGGCGGUCUACCGGCAGCCUCAACUCUUCCUCCCGCAGUGAGUCAGAGCGCCCUCCCGAGCCCGCCUUGCACCUCAAUAUCACAGAAAGGCUCAAGUUCCGUCUGCGCACAUCUGCUGAUGACAUGUUUGGCGUGGGUGCCCAAAAGAGCCAGUCUUCCCCGGAGACCCGCAGCAAGAAGAAAAACAUCCGGCGUAGGCACACCAUGGGGGGCCAGCGGGACUUUGCAGAACUGGCCGUCAUCAACGACUGGAGGGAGCAAGGAGGGGUGGACCAGGCGGCUGAGCUGUCAGCCAUGGACCGCCUCAAGCCAAAGUGCUCCUCUCAGGACUUCUCCAUUCGGGACUGGAUCGCCCGCGAGCGCUGUCGGGCCGGAGUGUCAGAGUUCAGCAUGGACACCCCACCCAAAGUUGUCCCAGAGGGGAACAGGGCACAAGCACAGGGCACCACCCCAGAGAGGCCCUCUGGCUCCCCAGGCCUACAGCCUAUGGUGGGGGAGCAAGUGAACGGAGGUGGGCCGCAAGGCAAAAACAAAGCCAGCCUCAACCUGGCGGCUGACGACGCGCACCCACACAAACUGUCAGGAGCACAAGUCGUCCGCUCACGAUUCUAUCAGUAUCUAUGA